ACGAAGCUAAUGCCAUGCCCUAACUCAACUUAGGACGAUCAGCACUUUCGCCGCCGAUGGGUAGCACCACCGCUGCCUUCCUAUACGACACCCUCUCACCGCUCACCUUCUCUAGUACCUUCCCCGCUGACGACGCCGACGCCGAGGCUUACGAGGUUUUCCGCAACACGAUAACCUCAACCGCCGGUCCAUCUUCCGAAAUCCCCGCUGCCGACUACUUCUCCCUCGACGUCACCGUCACUGAUACCGCCAGCCACGAACCUUUCACCACUCCGAACGCUCGACCCCGACAUGGGGAUGCUAACGACGACGCCUCACCGGUGUCGUGGUUACGCUCCGGCCGCCGCUUCAGGAGCCCUAUGCUCCAGCUCCACAAAGAGAUACUUGAUUUUUGUGACUUCAUUUCACCAACCACUGGUGAACAAGCCUUGCGCACUGCUGCUGUAGAACGUGUUUCUGAUGUUGUCAAGUAUAUUUGGCCACAUUGCAAGGUUGAAGUUUUUGGAUCAUUUACAACCGGCCUUUAUCUACCCACCAGUGAUAUAGAUGUUGUGAUCUUGGAUUCAAAGGUGAGAACUCCACAAAUGGGUCUUUAUGCUCUUGCAAGGGCAUUAUCGCAAAGAAGUAUUACCAAAAAAAUGCAGGUAAUAGCAAAGGCUCGCGUGCCAAUCAUAAAGUUUGUGGAAAGGCAAAGUGGCAUUGCAUUUGAUAUCAGCUUUGACAUUGAUAGUGGACCAAAGGCUGCAAGUUUCAUUAAGGAUGCUGUAAACAGGAUACCUCCUUUAAGGCCAUUAUGCUUGAUUCUGAAGGUUUUUUUACAUCAAAGGGAGCUGAAUGAGGUAUAUUCGGGUGGAAUUGGUUCUUACACACUCCUUGCUAUGUUGAUAGCUUGCUUGCAGAUGCAUUGGAGAGAACAAGGUUCACAAGGAUGCAAAAAACGUGUGGAACAUAAUUUGGGAAUUCUUUUGGUUUCCUUCUUUGAUUUGUAUGGACGCAAAUUGAACACAAUGGAUGUUGGUGUAUCAUGCAACUUACGGGGCAUGUUUUUCUUGAAGACUGACAAAGGAUUUGUAAACAAAGAACGGCCAAAUCUACUCUCAGUUGAGGAUCCCCAGGCGGCAGACAAUGACAUUGGGAGAAACUCAUACAACUUCUAUAAGGUGAAAUCAGCCUUUUCAAUGGCUUAUUCUUGUCUGACAGAUACGAAGGCAAUCAUAGCUUUGGGCACAAAGAGGAGUAUCCUGGGGACCAUAAUUAGACCAGAUCCUUUACUCUUAGAUAGAAAAGGUGGACACCAAGGAGAACUUACCUUCAAUAGUUUGCUUCCUGGGGCACGAGAACCCAGGCCACAGCUACUUAGAGAUGAGAGUGAUGUCAUAUGUAAUUGGCCGUUCCUAGACGAUGAACCGCUUCCACGAGAUAAUACAUCAUUGGAGAAUGAUAAUUCAUCUUCUCGAAAAAGGAAGUCCUCGAGAUCGAAAUGUAAAUUUGACAGAAGAGAAGAUAUUGGAAAUCCUGUGAGAAGACAGGAAGAAAAUGGCAGUGUAAGUGAGAAGAAAGUAAAGAAGCGCAAGAGAAUAUUUGAUGGAUUGGAUAGGCAUCUCCCUUAUUAUGCUAGACAUAGUCGGUGAUUAUGUAUAUAUUUUUUUUCCUUUUGUUUCAUGUAUUCUCACUGACUGAUGAGCAGAUUGGCAUUGAAUAUGAUGUUGAGCCAUGAAGAUGGCCAAAUCAGAACGACAGUUGCAUUGGGGUAAUCACUGCAUUAGUUAUCCAACGGGCAUUAGAUUGUGUAUUGCUUGUGGUGCUGCACUUUUGUUGUGUCAUUGUGAUCUACGCACGAACAAAGUAAAGUGCCAGUAUGUGUUUUGGGAUUUUGUCAGCUGUGAUCACAUUAUCUUGAUCCUCUAUUGUCUUUCUAGUUCGUGCA